GCACCGACCGGCGGUAAUCGCCCUCACGACGUCGGCGAAGCAAGUCAAACUCGCUGCUUGUUUGUGCGGCGCAUCAUCGGAGUCCCCCAAACAUGAAGGGCCAAGAAAUAUUAAUCGAAUCUGCACCGCAUCGGCUUGAAGCUGCCUAUAAGGACAUAUUCACUGAGGGUGCAUUGCAGUUUUUGGGCCAGCUGGUAUCACAAUUUGACCUAGAAGUUGAACAGCUGUUGCAAAAUCGAGUCAAACGGAGACUGCUAAUUCAAGAGGGCAAGUGGACGCCCGAGUUCCAGAACCGCACUGAAUCGUUGGAAUGGAAGAUCAACGAUUUGCCGGACCGGUUACGUAAUCGAAAGCUCGAUCUUGGUGAUGUGAGCCCUGCAAAUACGAUACAUUUUACCGAUUGUCUGUACGCGGAAGUGCAGGGAAUUCAGGUUGAUUUUGACGAUGGACACUGCCCCACCUGGCGUAAUACCGUGCAAGGUCUGUUCAAUGUUACGCGGGCAGUACAUGGCAGUCUGCAAGGUGCACCGCUGGAUGUGCAAGCAUACCCGCUCCUGAUGCUGCGCCCAAGGGCGUUCAACAUGAUCGAGCAUCACUGCAUUGUGAAUGGGAAGGAGGUGAUCGGCCCACUGUUUGACUAUGCGCUGCUUAUGUACCACAAUGCUCGCACUAUGGCAAUCCUUGGUAUAGGGCCUUACUUUUAUCUGUCGAAGAUCGAAGAUCCGAGCGAAACACAGCUCUGGAACAAGAUCUUCACCUGGACCGAGGAUCAGUUAGGGUUGCCCGGCGGUACCAUUAAAGCAUGCGUGUUGAUCGAAAACAUCCUGGCAGCGUUCUGCAUGGAGGACAUCCUGUACUCCAUCAAAGAGCAUGCGAUCGGGCUGAACUGUGGCAUAUGGGACUACUGUGCUAGCAUCAUCGCUAAAUUUGGCUGGAAGCGGGAAUUUCUGCUUCCCGAUCGCAACAAGUACGUCAACAUGGGUCAACCGUUCUUGCGCAACUAUAUGCGGCUGCUCAUCAACGUUUGCCACAAAAGGGGCGCAUUGGCAACCGGUGGUAUGGCUGCGAAAAUUUUGCCCACCGGAAAGGAAAAGGCUGCCUUAAGCGACCAGGAGGUAAUAGAAAGCGUUAAAAUGGCUAAAGCGGUAGAAAUAGAUGCCGGUGUGGAUGGGUUCAUGAUUUACGAUCUGCGAAUGAUCGAUGCCAUUAACGAGCUGUGGGAAAGAAAAACGCACAGCGACAAUCAGCUCACUGUCCUGCCCAACAUCUCCCAAAUUACUGCCGAUAGUUUGCUCCAGAUACCGAAGGGCGGCGUAACCAUCGAUGGACUCAACAACAACAUUACGGUAGCGCUGCUCUUCAUCUACCAUUGGCUGACCGGGAGUGGGGUGUUCUUUUUGAACGGAGCCGUCGAAGAUUCGGCCACGGCGGAAAUAUCACGCUCCCAGCUGUGGCAGUGGAUCCGCAUGGGAGCCGUGCUGGAGGAUGCCGACAGGACCGUCGUCUCUCGCCGGCUGGUCUACCAGACGAUGGAUAAAAUCAUAUCCGCCGCUUACCGGGCCUGGUGCAUUACGCCCUCGGACCGGAAACGCCUGCUGUCCGCCAAGUUCAUGCUGCUGGACGUGAUUUCUUCCCGGCAUUACGUCGAAUACAUCACCACACACUUGAACGAUAGUCACAAAUUCCGCACACUGCACAAUAAAAACGAUGGCCUGAUGGCGAAGUUGUGAAGCUGA